UUCCAAUCUGUGCUGAUCGGGGUUUUGGGGAGAAGCAGCUUUCUUCUCACACUCAGCUUCCUGCAUGACUUCAGCUAUUGGCUAGUCCUAGCACAGAGAGUGGGAAAAGCUUUUUCCUCUGUGUUCUUUCGGGCUGGAUCGUUUUCCAGGACUCGAGUCCGUCUUGGGCUGUGGGACAAACCACUGGGUUCUUCAGAGGAUAAGCCACCUUCCCAAAGGACGUGCUGUUGGUUGAACAAGUUGCUGUCAGGUGGGAAUGAGAUCCCGAAAUCAAAGUGGUGAAAGGUCCUCGAACGGGCAUUUCUCCUGCCCCAAGACCUCCAACACCAGCAAUGCUGAUGAGAAAAGUCUCUUGGAAGAGGCAAGAAAGAAGAACAAACCAAACAGGAAGGAGGAGGAUGUCAUGGCUUCAGGAACAGUCAAACGACACCUGAAGCCAUCUGGUGAAGGUGAACGGAAGGACAAGAAACGUCUGGAGCUGUCCAAAGAAGAUCUCAUCCAGCUACUCAGCAUAAUGGAAGGGGAGCUGCAGGCCAGAGAAGAUGUGAUCCACAUGUUGAAGACAGAGAAAACCAAGCCUGAGGUUCUGGAAGCUCAUUACGGAUCUGCAGAGCCAGAGAAAGUGCUUCGGGUCCUGCACCGAGAUGCCAUCCUGGCCCAGGAGAAAUCCAUAGGAGAAGAUGUCUAUGAGAAACCCAUCUCAGAGCUGGACAGGCUUGAGGAGAAGCAGAAGGAGACAUACCGCCGCAUGCUGGAGCAGCUGCUGCUGGCCGAGAAGUGCCACCGGCGCACGGUGUACGAGCUGGAAACUGAGAAACACAAGCACUCUGACUACAUGAGCAAGAGCGAUGACUUCACCAACCUGCUGGAGCGGGAACGGGAGAGGUUGAAAAAGCUCCUCGAACAAGAAAAGGCUUACCAAGCCCGCAAAGAAAAGGAAAAUGCUAAGCGGCUCAACAAACUGAGAGAUGAGCUUGUCAAGCUCAAGUCCUUCGCACUCAUGCUGGUGGAUGAGAGGCAAAUGCACAUUGAGCAACUCGGCCUGCAAAGCCAGAAAGUGCAGGAUCUUACCCAGAAACUGAGGGAGGAAGAAGAAAAGCUCAAAGCAGUGUCUUCCAAAUCCAAAGAAGACAGGCAGAAACUGCUUAAGUUAGAAGUAGACUUUGAGCACAAGGCCUCCAGAUUUACUCAAGAGCAUGAAGAGAUGAACGCUAAACUGGCCAACCAGGAGUCUCACAAUCGACAACUGCGACUGAAGCUGGUUGGCUUGUCUCAAAGAAUCGAGGAGCUGGAAGAGACUAACAAAAAUCUCCAGAAGGCAGAGGAAGAGCUUCAGGAAUUAAGAGAUAAAAUUGCGAAAGGGGAAUGCGGCAACUCCAGCCUCAUGGCAGAAGUGGAAAAUCUCCGAAAGCGGGUGCUCGAUAUGGAGGGUAAAGAUGAGGAGAUCACCAAAACGGAGUCCCAGUGCCGCGAACUGCGGAAGAGGCUCCAGGAGGAAGAGCACCACAGCAGGGAGCUCAAACUUGAAGUGGAGAAGCUACAAAAGAGAAUGUCCGAGCUGGAGAAGCUGGAAGAAGCCUUUAGCAGGAGCAAGUCGGAGUGCUCCCAGCUCCACUUGAAUCUGGAGAAAGAAAAGAACUUAACCAAAGACUUGCUGAAUGAAUUGGAGGUGGUCAAGAGUCGGGUUAAAGAACUCGAAUGUUCUGAAAGUAGACUGGAAAAGGCCGAACUGAGCCUCAAAGAUGAUCUUACAAAACUGAAGUCAUUUACUGUGAUGCUGGUUGAUGAAAGGAAAAACAUGAUGGAGAAAAUAAAGCAAGAAGAGAGAAAAGUGGAUGGACUCAAUAAAAAUUUUAAGGUGGAACAAGGGAAGGUUAUGGAUGUAACUGAAAAAUUAAUUGAAGAAAGUAAAAAGCUCUUAAAACUGAAGUCUGAAAUGGAGGAGAAAGUGUACAGUUUGACCAAAGAGAGGGAUGAGCUGAUAGGUAAACUGAAAAGUGAGGAAGAAAAAUCCUCUGAGCUAAGCUGCAGUGUGGAUUUAUUAAAGAAGCGACUCGAUGGUCUAGAAGAAUUAGAAAGAAGAGGAAGGUCUCGGAAAGCGCCAGAGCUCGCCUGCCCAGAAGACAACAAGAUCAAGGAGCUAACACUUGAAAUCGAGAGGCUGAAGAAGCGCCUUCAACAGCUGGAGGUGGUGGAAGGGGAUCUGAUGAAGACGGAAGAUGAGUACGACCAGCUGGAGCAGAAAUUCAGAACCGAGCAGGACAAGGCCAACUUCCUCUCUCAACAGCUGGAGGAAAUCAAGCACCAAAUCGCCAAGAACAAAGCCAUAGAGAAAGGAGAGGCUGUAAGUCAGGAGGCUGAACUGAGACACAGGUUCCGCCUGGAGGAGGCCAAGAGUCGCGAUUUAAAAGCCGAGGUGCAAGCGCUCAAGGAGAAGAUCCACGAGUUAAUGAACAAGGAAGAUCAGCUUUCUCAGCUCCAGGUGGAUUAUUCGGUCCUCCAGCAAAGGUUUAUGGAGGAAGAAAAUAAGAACAAAAGUAUGGGCCAGGAGGUGCUCCACCUGACGAAGGAGCUGGAGCUGUCCCGGCGCUACAGCCGCGCGCUGCGGCCCAGCGUGGCAGGGCGCAGAAUGGUGGACGUGCCGGUGGCGUCCACCGCGGUGCAGACAGAGGCCCCGGGAGCCGGGGCGGCCGAUGAGUCGCCAGCCGUCUUCAUCCGCAAGUCCUUCCAAGAGGAGAAGCACCUCAUGAGCCACCUGCGCCAGGGGGCGCUGCGCAAGCCCGCGGGGCGCGGCUCGGUGCUGGACCGGUACCCGCCGGCGGCGGGUGAGGGCGCGCGGCGCGGGGCCUGGGCAUCCUGGGCGCGGGGGCGCGUGGACUGCGACCCCGGCCCGCACGAGGGCCGCCCGGAUCCCGGAGGGCUGGUGCUGGCGCCGCGGCACGGCCAGCCGCUGCACAUCCGCGUGACGCCGGAGCGCGGCGGCAGCGCGGCCACGCUUGAGAUCACUCGCCCGACGCCCGAGGAGUUCUUUUCCAGCACGACCGUCAUCCCCACGCUCGGCGGCCAGGCGCCACGCAUUACCAUCGUGCCCGCGCCGGGCGCCGACCCCGAGCGCGCCUCGUCCCCCGUUACUAUCACCACGCUGUCGCGGGAGCGGGCGGCGGACGGGCGCGCGUCGCCUCUGCAGGUGCGCACGGUGGCCACCGCGCCCGCGCCCGCGCCCGCGCCCACGGAGGCGGCAGGGACUCCGGUGUCGCCAGGGGGGCCCCCUGGGCCCCAGGAGGCGCACGCGGGGAGGACGGUGCUCAGGGUCACCCCCGAGAAGCAGCCGGGCCCACCCGCGCAGCGGAGGUUCAACGCCAACGCCAGCAUCAUCACCACGGAGGACAACAGGAUCCACAUCCACCUGGGCGCACAGGCGGAAGGCGCGAGCCCGGUGAUCACCGUGCGGCCCGCAGGCAGGGAGGUGGCCCCAAGCCCUGGUCUCCGCGCCCCCCGCGGGACCCCUGCAGCGCGGCCAGGUCCGGGCAAGGUGACCAGCACCAUCACCAUCACUCCUGUCACCACCGCGUCCACGCGGGGCACCCAGGCGGCGUCAGGACAAGACGGGUCAUCCCAACGGCCUACACCCACACGAAUCCCUAUGUCAAAAGGUAUGAAAGCAGGAAAGCCAAUAGUGGCAGCUCCAGGAGCAGGAAAUCUGACCAAAUUCGAGGCUCGAGCUGAGAGUCAGUCUAUGAAAAUAGAGCUGAAGAAAUCUGCAGCCAGCAGCACUACUUCUCUUGGAGUGGGGAAGGGCUGAGGGCAAUAGCCAUGGGGGUAUGUUGUGCAGCCACUGCUGCUGCCUGGAAAACGAACUUUGCCUGUUUGUGCCAACUCUUUAUACAUACUAAUUCAAGUUUUAAAUAUAUUGUUUAUAAAAUAACCAACUAAUAGUCACGUGUCUUUCCAAUUUUGUGCAUUUGUUUGGAUGCUGCAAGUGGAGUUAGCUGUUUCCCUUGUGGUAUGUUGAGGGUGCUAGUCUCUGUUCUGCUUCCAGCAACUGGGUCUGUCCUUGAGCCCAUCAGCCAGGAAGCCCCCCGUGUCUUCGUCAGUAGCUUUAGGGACCAAAUCACAUGCUCUUGAAGGCAGGCUCUCAUAUUUUCCCGUAGUAAGCAAAAUUUACAUUUUUUUUCAAAAGCCCUAUAUGAAGUAAAACAUAGUUUAACAAUUGCCUAUCAAAUCCUGAACUUGAUAUAGCACUAACAUUUUGCAAAAAUGAAAAGUCUUUAAUAUGAUUUCAGGAAAUAUUUGAAUGUGAAAUAAAAUGGAAAUGAACUAUGGAAUUAUGAAAACAGCUUGACUUCUUUGUGUGUGUCUGUAUAUAUUGUAGACAUGUUGGACACUUCCAAAAGAUUCCCAGAAUUUCAUAGACAAUAAUUUUAGAACCAUAAUGUCAUACUGAUGCUCCAUUCACGUGUGCAAUUGAUCUAAAUUGCAGAGCAGUCUGAAUAGAGCUUCCAAAUGACCCUUUAUAGCUCAGCAUAUUUACGGGAAAAUAUGAUGUGAUGGCUAGAAAAUAGCAGAAAGCAAAUCCAAACACAUUAACACUAAGGGGGGUGAUUUCAUUCACAGUUUAAUUGGACGCAAAUAUUUUUCUUAGUUAAAUGUGGACUUUACUUGCAAAUAUAGAACCAGUUCAUGAUUGCUGGUGUGUGUGUGUGUGUGUGUGUGUGUGUGUGUGUGUGUGUGUGGUUUUACUCAUGUAUGAAUCAUUUUCUUUAGUAUGUAAGCAUGUUUUAAUAAGCAUGAGGAGUGUAAAUGCAAAGUGCUAAGUAUGCUUGUCAGAUUAACCAUGUUAGAUCUUUGCAGUGUGUGGUUAUAUAAGCACAAAUGAGCUCAAAGCUGGUAACUCACAAUUUAGUUCACCAAAGUCUCAUGGAGACUGUAGCUUUGCCAACAUUUCUUAAAAUUUUUGAGCCAUAUAGAUGAACUUUAUGAAAAUAUAGGAACUGCACUGUUACAGAUUUUUGUCUUUCUAUAUUUGAACUAUUAGAAUUUCAAAAUUCUAUGGGUAGUCCCUGAUCUUGAUAUUUGGGAAAGGCAUAUACAUUUUUAAAAAGACAUAAGAGUAGGUCUUAGUCCGAUGUACUGGUUUGUUUCCCAACCACUGAGAUACAAUACUCAAUAUCCAUAGUUUAAAGGCGGCUUUAGGAGAGACAGUCCCUGGUCAUCUGGCUCCAGUGCAGCAACACCGUGGUAGAAGGAUGAGGGGGAGCAAAGUUGCUCCAUGCAUGGCCCCCUGGGAGCAGAGCGGGAGGACCGUGUUGGAGAGGAGGAGGCCAGGGCCUGGAUUGAGCACCCAAGGUCAUGCCUCUGUGCACCGCCCAGACAUGUGCAAGAGCAUGCUGGGCAUUUUUUAAUCCAAUGAAGCUGACCUUUCAGGAUUAAUGAUCACGUCCACUAAUCAAUUUAUUUUGUGACAGAGAAGCUCCCCUGCAUUCUUUCCCAUACUAGAUUUUUGCAGGCCUCUUUCUAUAUCUGACAAUUUGGACUAGAACUGUGAUGCUAUAUGUAGAUGCCUCCAGGUGUCUUCUCAUGUACUUUAUGCAGACCUGUCACCACUGAUUCAUCAGUUCUCAGCAUAUGUAUUUUAAAAUGUUGACUAUCAGAGACAUACUGUGAUAAUGAGAAUGGAAGGACAAAGGAGAGAGUAAGAGAAGUUUAAUAAAUAUGAUU